GCCAAAAAAGCUGCGCACAACAUACUCGUCUGAUGCGGAAGUGACGUCUCUUUCGAUUGCUUUCGAGCAUUGUCACGAUGGAGAGCGGGAAUGGGGUCCUCUUUCAUCAGUCCCGCCGUUCUCUCGUGUCUUCCAGGGGUACUCCUUUCAUCCAGUUCAGAGCCCCUCCAAUCGCAAGACCUCCAGGUGUCCCGGGUGAUGAUCGGACCUAACUCCCGGACCCACUGUUCCGCUGCCCUCGCGGCCGACGGUGAUGCAAAUACAGGUUGCUGUGUGAGUGCCAUAUCGUCACUAGCUAUUCGCCGAUCAGUUCAGUCUGGCCGACGUGUAGGAUGUGGCCCUCCCUGUCUCCGUCGGGCUGUCACGGGUACUCUAUGAGUGCAAACGCAGGGCUUUCGUCUCUAUAUGAUUCCCUGAAGGUGCCUUGAAGUCUGCCGUCUCUCUGUAUUCCCAAGCCCGGCUCCGCAUUAGAUUGGCGCCGGAAUAUGUUCUGCCAGGCACGACAGAGCGGUGCGGCG